UCUUCGGUUUUAGAAAUUAGAAAUAGCUCACAGCACGUCCACGAUGGAAGAGGUGUUUACACCUGCAAUACCAGUUGAUACAACAUUAGAUAAUAAUUACGAUUUAAAUAUUCCUCCUAUGACGGGGAAUGAAUACCUGAGGAGAGUUAGGGAUGAAGCAUUAUGUUGUCCAUCAGUGGUUGUUGCUAAAUCAUUAAACACAGAAGCUAUGAAUAGAAAGCAGAAUGUCCAUAUUUUAGCAGAAGACUGCUGUCUUCCAGCACCAACAGGCUUAGAGCCUUCAGCUGAAUGGAAGAGGAAACAGGUUGCAGAUUUUGCAAAAAUCAGACAAAAACUCAAUAAAUACAAAAGCACACAUGAGUCAGAUAUAAAGAUAAUGAGGCGAAAACUUCCUUUAGCAUCUGAAGUUGAAGAAUGGUUUAAACUAUGUUUUGGAAGAUUGAAAAACCUCACACCAGAUGAGUCUAACGUGCUAGAAGGUGGUUGUUUUCCUUUCCUCAGUUUGGUUUCUGUUAUGGAGCAGCACUGCAUUGAACAACUUUUGAAUUACCAUAUGAACUGCUUUGAAAGCAUUGGAUUCACACACCACCAGGGUCAGUGGAUUUUUGCAUUAUUAACCUGUCUACAGAAACCUCUUACUCCAGAAGCUUGUUCUGCCAUAAGGAAUUUGGCAAGGAUUUGUGCUCGACUACGGGCAUUGAUGAACAGCACUACAGAUCCUCAUCUCACUCCAUUGAACCUCAUUAUCUGUCUUGUGUGCCAAUAUUUUGAACAGAAAGAUCUCAUCAGCAGUUAAAACAAGAGAGAUUUCAUUAACAGAAAAGAUUGCAAAGAUAUCUUAACAGCAGCUAAUGAUUUAACUUAUGAUUUGAAAGUUAAUUUACACUAAUUAGACUUUUGCUGGCUCAGCUUCUUUAGAAGAAAUAUUGGACUGUAUAUAACAAACCAAUCACCUUGUUUAUCAACUUGCAGCAUAACUCAGUGUUUCCUCAGGCUGUCUAUGAUUUUUGCAAGUUCAUUUCAAAGAGACUUCCAUUCUGUAUUUUUCAUUCAUUAGUUGAUAAACAAAGGUUUUCUCUUUUA